UUUCGGAUAGACGGAAUGCGUGUCGCGCGCGUAUGUCAACAAUCGUAAACGUAAACGAAGAUAUUGUUAAAACGCUUCCAAAUUCAUUUAAUUAUACGCGUAUGCGUUAACGAGGAAGAUAUCAUAGUAAAAAUUCACGAAAAUGGCUUCGGUGCAGGACAGAAUGAAAUUGAAAAGAGCUUACGAUAAUUGGAGUACACGUGAGCAACUAUGCUUGGCUUCCAGCGUAUUAAAAUCGGGAGACCAAAAUUGGGUGAGCGUAUCACGCUCAUUGAAAGCAAUCGUGGAGAAAGAAUCAUCCAGGCCACCUGAUUGGUUUUCUCAAAAAUCGUGUGCUAUUCAGUAUGCACAUUUAUUAGAGAAUGCAGAUACUCCAAAGAGGAAAAAGAGAGAGAGCGGAGAAACCAGUGGUGAAUCAAUAGUCCGAAGAUUAACACAGGAGAGAAUAGUUGAAUUAGGCCAAAUGCUAGCGUACCAGAGAGAGGAAUACCAACAACUUAAGGCUGAAAUAAAUUUAUUGAAAUCGGGGACAUUAACAGAGGACAAGCUGCAGAAAAUGUGGCUUGGCAUCGAGCAGGAAGAACGAGAACAAGAGCAGAAGGCAAGGGCACAUUCUGCGUGGUUGGUGAAACGCCAGAAGCAAGAAUUGAGUCCAUUGCAAGUAAUACCUACUAUAACUCAACACAAACCCGUUGAAAAUGCGGCAGAAGAAACAGCCGAAACUAUUGAUGAAGAGGAGAAGAAACCUAAAGGAGGAAGAUCACCACUGUUAACAAGCCUAUUAAAAUCACCAAGUCCGACGACACAAAUACAAACCUCAACAACUACGGCGCAAGUGAGCUCUCCUACUAUCUCAAGCCUGCUCGGUUCCAGUCCUAAAGUACCAAAUUCUCAAUUGACUCAGACUGUAUCACCGCAGUUGCAUCAUUUGGUUACAUCAGCAAUUUCUAAUGUACCGCCGGAAAGGCCGUCAGUAGGUGCGCCGACUUUAUCCAUGUUAUUAGAAAUGCCUGCCAAUGCACAGAGAGUUCCUUUGCCUACUUUACAGUCAACAUCGACUGUUGUACCUCAACAACAACAGCCUUCCGAGGUUCAUAAUGUUCAACCUCAACCUGUGCAGCAAGUAACAGUUCAAAAUGAAACACCAGUUUCUAGUCAAUCUCUCACAAUCAGUGCGCCCACUAUACCAGCUACGGAAAGCAUGGUACAGAUUAUAGAUCACAUAGACGAUGUGAUUCGUAAAGAAAUGAUGGCAGACGUGAUAGAUAAAGAUGAAAUCAAUGAAAUUAUUGGGGACAUAGAAGAGCUGAUAAAAGAAGAAAUAACUGGUAGUCCGCAAACCUUAGAAACUGCUACAUCAACAGUUGACACCAUUACGGUACCCCAGAUUUCAGAGGUGCCAGUAGUAGCAGAGAGACCAGAGCCUAGAGACGUGGACGAAGUUGUGUCGCUUUCAAAUUCACCGGAAAGUGAAAUGGCUAUUGAAGAGAUUGAUUCCAGUACAUCGAACAUUGCGGAAAUCAUAGGUACAGUAGCUAUCGAACCACAAGAACCAAAAGUGAUCGUUGCCGAGAUAUCUAAGACCAUGACGACUACACCUGAAGAUGUAAAGUCUGAAGAAAGCACAUGCGACGAAAGGAUAAACGAGGAGCUUGUUCCGGAAUUAGAAAAUCAAGAUGGUGAAAACAGCAAGGAUGCUCCCUCGGAAGAUAAACAAGUAAUUGAAGAAUUUGAUACUGCGGAUUCAACGUCGAAUACAGAAGUUGAAGAGAAUGACUCGAAGACCGUUUCGAAAGAACUAAUAGACGAAAUGACGGGAGAUGGAAUAGAAGAGGAGGAAGAAACUGAAGUGGUACUACCGGAAGUUAAGGAAACGCCUGCUAACAAGCUGCAGAGGAUAUCCCCUGAAGAGGUAGAGAAUAAGAAUAACAUGGAAUUGGACCAACUAGAGAUGCACCUUGCCAAAAUCACAGGUGAACAGCAAGAUGUUCCAUCGGCGGAAGUAGUCAGCGUGUCUUCUGAAAUAACGAAUGAUCUUCCAAGCACCGAGGAUACAGAAAAAUCACAAGAUAUCAGUUUAAUUUUAGAAGAUGAUGAAAGUAGUUCAGAUGACAAAAAGAAAAUAACGGAAGAACAAAUUAUAGAGAAUACAAUCGAAAGUAAUGGGUCUAUUGAUUCGUAUAAAGAGGAACCUAUAAUUGUGAUAAAAGAGAAGACUAUUAUAGAAGUAAGCGAGGAGUCCCCAGAGAAAUCGCAAGAAGAAUACACAGAGGAGACUUUGGAAUUGUACACGGACGAAUAUAAGAAAGAGGAUACGAAGGAUUCGUCAGAAGAUACAACGAGUUCUAUUCUACAAGAUAUUGAAGUUAAAGAAGAGGAAAUAGAGGAAACAGCAAUCGUGGAAGAUUCUGCUCAGUCAGUAUCUCCGGAAGAGACAGAAAAUUCAAAACCAGAAUCAGUAGAACCUGUCAAACCCGAACCGGAUACUGUUAAGAAAGAAGAACAUGUAUACGAAGAAUCAAAAGCGGAAGAAAUAGAAUCAAAAACGCAAGUAGGAAAUGCCGAGAUACUUGAAGUUAAAAAGGAAGACGUUAAAGAAGAGAAGGAGGAGAAAAAGAGUGUAGAUAUUGAGCGAGAUGUAAAAAAAGAAUCGGAAUCUGUAAUAAGUGCUGGAGAAGAUACUGUCGAAUUAGACGAAGAAGAAUCCUCUUUGAGCAAAUUAAGCGCUGGACGUGCGAUGAAAACUUAUUCGAAAAAACAAAAUGUUUGUAUCGAUAGCGAGCCCGAGAACGAAGGUACUGGAGAAGGUGCAGAUUACAGGGCAUGGAAGAAAGCGGUGAUGCUGGUCUACAAUCGACUUGCUACACAUAAAUACGCGUCCGUGUUUCUGAGACCUAUUACGGAAGAUCAAGCGCCGGGAUACCAUUCAAUCAUUUUUAGACCUAUGGAUUUAUCCACUAUUAAAAAGAAUAUAGACAACGGCACGAUCAGAUCUACGAUGAAUUUCCAACGCGAUGUUAUGUUAAUGUUUCAAAAUGCCAUUAUGUACAAUAAACAUGAUACAUUUAUUUAUAAAAUAGCAAUUUCCAUGCAGAAAGAAUGUCUGCAACAUAUGCAGAUAUUGGUGCAAGUCAAGGCAGAAGGCACGCUUAGGAGAGAAACGAGAACUGCAGCGAGCAGUAGUAGCGAAGCUAGUGAGAGUAGCAUAAAAAGGAAACGAAGUCAUAUCACUCCAAGCCCGCACGAUACCGACAGUCCACGGUCGAAAAAACGUAGAAAAUCAGAGAACGAUUAAGAAAUUUUAUAUAUACAUAUGUAUAAUGUGAUAUUCAUUAAAACUCGCAAGAACAUGGAAAGGAGAGGAGGAAGGAAAAUCUGUCCCGUUAACAUUGAGGAACAAUGUUGGACAAGAGAAGAGAGACAAUGUGAAAUUUCUUUAUCCUUCAGUGAAAGGAAUGAUCCCUAGAAGCAGGAUUUCGAUUCCUUUUGUUUUUUCAUACGUAAUUGUAAUUAAAUAUAACAAAAAAACGAGAUCAUAAUCAUUCGUGAAAUCCUAAACCUUGAAUGAAAAGAUUGAUUCUUUUGUUUUAUGAAAGAUGUAAUAAAACAUUUUAUAACAUG